AUGGUCAUUCAGAAAAAUGCUAAUCAGAAUGAGAACUCUUCGUCAAAUAAUCCGAAUAUGGAAGCUCUUCCUAACUCAUGGACUACGCAAGGUCCUAAGACACUAAGCAUUCGGAUGAACACCAAUAUGCAAACAAAACAGCCAAUUACUCGGCAAAUUGCCAUAAAUACGCUUGCAGCAAUGCAUCGUCGAUUUAGCCUUCCUGGCCCUGUACAACCGCAUUCAAGACCCAUAGCAGAAUUUCGCGCAAGUGCCAAUAAGUCACUAGAUAUGUUAAGGCAAACCAUUCAGUCAUCCGUAACCCGUGAAAUUGACCAAGUUAUUAAAAAGUAUUUGGAGAAAUUCUUUGUUCCUGCUGUUAAUAAUAUCCGACUGAACCUAGGAGAUGAAUCUGUGAGUGAAGAUCAGGUGAGAGCUGUUUGCCGAGCUAUGCUGGAUGCCACACGUUUGUUAUAUACUACACCUCCUCGGACUUACCAAGCUACGCAAGAGUCGAAUGACCUUGAAGCUAGUCAAAGUGUGGAAACAAAAUUUGUUAAAUAUGCUGCUGGUCCCUCACAGAAAAGAAAAGAUGUUGAAGUUGAAUCUAGUAUUGUUUUUCUAUUUUUAACAAAGAGGAAAGUGGUGACUAGUGGACGAUCUUCACCAAUCUGUUCACCAUGUGCAGUCCAGAUUUUUCUCUUCUCCCGUUUCGUUUUUCUUCUAUUGUCGACCCAUACUUUGGGUAAGGCUUUUUGGUGA